GAACCAAGGGAUGUGAUGAGUGGACAGAGUUCUCAAAGGGUAUUGGUCUUACAACCUAUAAUGCUAAAAUAUGUCAAGAAGUCCACAAGGUUAUGAUGUACAAAGAAUUCCAGUGAACAAUGUCACAGACAUCACCAUGUUUAUACUAACAGGCUUCACAAACGAUGCUGACAUGCAAGUCUUCUUAUUUCUCUUGUUUCUUGCCAUCUACCUUUUUACUCUUAUAGGUAACCUGGGACUGGUUUUGCUCGUCAUUGGAGAUUCUCGGCUCCAUAAUCCCAUGUACUAUUUUUUAAGUGUUUUAUCAUUCCUAGAUGCCUGUUAUUCCACAGUUGUCACCCCAAAGAUGUUGGUCAAUUUUCUUUCAAAAGAUAAAUCCAUUUCAUAUCCUGGAUGUGUGACAGAGAUGUUUCUCUUUGUUACUUUUGGAACCACAGAAUGCUUCCUGUUGGCAGCAAUGGCUUAUGAUCGCUAUGUUGCUAUCUACAACCCCCUUGUGUAUGCAGUGAACAUGUCACCUAGAGUCUACUUACCCCUCAUCAUAGCUUCCUAUGCAGGUGGAAUUAUGCAUGCUACUAUACACACAGUAGCUACUUUUAGCCUUUCUUUCUGUGCAUCCAAUGAAAUAAGGCAUGUCUUCUGUGAUAUUCCUCCAUUGCUUGCUAUUUCAUGUUCUAACACACAUAUAAACCAGCUUCUGCUCUUCUAUUGUGUGGGUUCCAUUGAGAUCAUCACCAUCCUGAUUGUCCUGGUGUCUUAUAGUUUCAUACUCUUUGUAAUUCUUAAGAUGCGUUCUGCUGAAGGGAGGAGAAAAAUCUUCUCUACAUGUGGAUCUCACCUCACAGGAGUGUCCAUUUAUCAUGGGACAAUUCUUUUCAUGUAUGUGAGACCCAGUUCCAACUAUGCCUUAGAACAUGACAUGAUAGUGUCCACAUUUUACACUAUUGUGAUUCCAAUGUUGAAUCCCAUCAUCUAUAGUCUGAGAAACAAAGAUGUAAAAGAGGCAAUGAAAAAAAUUUUGGAGAGAAAUUUAUUCAUCAAUAAAGUACAUUUUUAAAAUA